CUGCUGAGCCGGCUGUGGAAAGAGAGCCUGACACUAACUAUCUACACAUAUCCUUUGCCUGCUAAGGGGAAAUUUGCACUAGAGCACUCUGCACAGAAGCAGGAAACAUCCUUGUGCUUUGACUGUCUUGGCCUCGUUAGAUAACUGAGAAAAGAAGCAUACAUGUAAAUGACUAUGUGCUGCCAGUAAAAUAUCUGUUGUUCUACUUUAGUUGUCCUUUCCUUCUUUCUAUUGACAGUGUAACAGAAAGUGCCCUAUUCCUCUCGCAGACGUUAAGGGGAGGAAUUUGUACAAACGUGCGAGGGGUGAAUUCAUUGCUACGCCGUCAGAAAGACCGAGUAAGUGGGCGGAGGACGGAGAGAGAGACAGAGAGAAAGGGAUUGGGAAAGAGAGAAGGAAAGAGAGAGAAGCGACCAUGAUGGAGCUGAGGAUCCAGUUGGUCCCUACAGGUGAGAUCAUCCUGUCCCCUGGGAAGAAUGGGGAGAGCUUCUGCCACAGCUGCACCAAGACGUUGGGGAGUGACGGGGUGCGGAUCACAAUGGAGAGUGCCCUGACGGCCAGGGACCGGGUGGGUGUGCAGGACUUUGUCCUGCUGGAGAACCACACCAGUGAAGCAGCCUUCAUCGAGAACCUCCGCAAGCGCUUCAAGGAGAACCUCAUCUAUACGUACAUCGGCUCAGUCCUGGUGUCGGUGAACCCCUACAAGGAUCUGGAGAUCUACACCAAGAACCACAUGGAGCGCUACCGAGGCGUCAACUUCUACGAGGUCUCUCCCCACAUCUACGCGGUGUCUGACAACUCCUACCGGUCCAUGCGGACGGAGCGUAAGGACCAGUGCAUCCUCAUCUCGGGGGAGAGCGGUGCCGGCAAGACGGAGGCCUCAAAGAAGAUCCUGCAGUACUACGCUGUGACCUGUCCCGCCAGCGACCAGGUGGAGACGGUCAAGGACCGCCUGCUGCAGUCCAACCCUGUCCUAGAGGCUUUUGGAAAUGCCAAAACGUUACGCAACGACAACUCCAGCCGCUUCGGUAAAUACAUGGACAUCCAGUUUGACUUCAAGGGUGCACCGGUGGGGGGCCACAUCCUCAACUACCUGCUGGAGAAGUCACGGGUGGUGCACCAGAACCACGGCGAGAGGAACUUCCACAUCUUCUACCAGCUGAUUGAGGGGGGUGAGGAGGACCUGCUGCGGCGCCUGGGCCUGGAGAGGAACCCCCAACAGUACCAGUACCUCGUCAAGGGGAACUGUCCCAAGGUGAGCUCCAUCAACGACCGUAGCGACUGGAAAGUGGUGAGGAAAGCCCUGUCUGUCAUCGGCUUCAGCGAGGACGAGGUGGAGGAGCUGUUAAACAUUAUUGCCAGCGUUCUUCACUUGGGGAACAUUCAGUAUGGAGGAGAGGACAGCGGCAAUGCCUACAUCACUACAGACACACAGAUCAAAUACCUGGCGAGGUUACUAGGUGUGGACGGUUUGGUCCUGAAAGAAGCGCUAACACACAAAAAGAUCAUCGCCAAAGGGGAAGAGCUGAAGAGCCCUCUGAACCUGGAGCAGGCAGCGUCGGCGCGGGACGCCCUGUCCAAGGCCGUGUACGGCCGUACCUUCACCUGGCUCGUCAACAAGAUCAACGUCUCCCUGGCUUACAGGGACGAGACUUAUAAGAAUGCUUCUGUCAUUGGUCUCCUGGAUAUCUAUGGGUUUGAAGUCUUCCAGCACAACAGUUUUGAGCAGUUCUGCAUUAACUACUGUAACGAGAAGCUGCAGCAGCUCUUCAUCGAGCUCACCCUCAAGUCCGAGCAGGAUGAGUACGAAGCAGAGGGAAUCACGUGGGAGCCUGUGCAGUACUUCAACAACAAGAUCAUCUGUGAUCUGGUGGAGGAGAAGUUCAAAGGCGUCAUCUCCAUUCUGGAUGAGGAGUGCCUGAGGCCAGGUGACGCCAGUGACAUCACCUUCCUGGAGAAGCUGGAGAAUACUGUGGGAGGCCACGCCCACUUGACAACUCACAAGCUGGCCGAUGGAAAGACCCGGAAGGUGAUGGGCCGAGAGGAGUUCAGACUGCUGCACUACGCUGGCGAGGUCAACUACAACGUCAACGGCUUUCUGGACAAGAACAAUGACCUCCUCUUCAGGAACUUGAAAGAGGUCAUGUGUAUGUCUGAUAAUAAGAUUCUGACCCAGUGCUUUGACCGGGCGGAGCUGAAGGACAGCAAGAGACCUGAGACGGCAGCGACCCAGUUCAAGACCAGCCUGGCGAAGUUAAUGGAGAUCCUGAUGUCCAAGGAGCCGUCGUACGUGCGCUGCAUCAAGCCCAACGAUGCCAAGCAAGCAGGACGGUUCGACGAGGUUCUCAUCAGGCAUCAGGUGAAGUACCUGGGUCUGAUGGAGAACCUGCGCGUGAGGAGAGCUGGCUUUGCCUACCGCCGCCACUAUGAGACCUUCCUCCAGAGGUAUAAGUCCCUGUGCCCGGAGACCUGGCCUAGCUGGCAGGGCAAGCUGGCUGACGGAGUCUCCACACUGGUCAAACACCUGGGUUACAAACCUGAGGAGUACAAGCUGGGCAGAUCCAAAAUCUUCAUCCGUUUUCCAAAGACUCUGUUCGCCACGGAGGACGCGCUAGAAACGAGGAAACACAGCCUUGCCAGCAAACUGCAGGCAUCCUGGAAGGGCUACAGCCAGAAGACCAAAUACCGCAAACUCAGAUCAUCAGCGGUGGUGGUCCAAGCGUGGUGGAAGGGCAUCCUGGCCUGUAGGAGGGCACGACGUAGAAGGGAGGCCGCCAACACCAUCCGCAGGUUCAUCAAGGGCUUCAUCUACCGCCAUAAUGAGCGUUGUCCUGAGAAUGAGUACUUCCUGGAUUAUGUGCGCUACUCCUUCCUAAUGAAGCUGCGCAGGAACCUCCCCAAGUCAGUCCUGGACAAGAGCUGGCCCACGCCACCAACCGCCCUCAUCGAGGCGUCGGAACGGCUACGUAAACUGUACAUGCAGAACAUGGUGUGGGGCUACUGCAAGAGGAUCAACCCAGAGUGGAAACACCAGUUGGAGCAGAAAAUGGUGGCCAGUGAGAUCUUCAAAAACAAGAAGGACAACUACCCCCAAAGUGUCCCAAAGCUCUUUGUGGGCACAAGACUCAAUGGAGAGGAGAUUAACCCCAAGGUGUUGCAGUCACUUGGCAGUGAGAAGAUGAAGUAUGCAGUCCCAGUGACCAAGUACGACAGGAAUGGCUACAAGGCGCGACCAAGGCAGCUGCUUCUCACCUCCAACAGUGCCGUCAUCGUAGAGGAGGCCAAGCUCAAGCAGCGCAUCGACUACGCCGCCCUCAAAGGCAUUUCAGUCAGCUCUCUCAGUGAUGGCGUCUUCGUACUGCAUGUGCCCACUGAAGACAAAAAACAGAAGGGAGAUGUGGUGCUACAGAGUGACCACAUCAUCGAGACCCUGACCAAAGUGGCCAUCUGUGCUGACAAGGUCAACAGCAUCAACAUCAACCAGGGAAGUAUAACUUUCACGAUGGGCCAAGGUAAAGAAGGGAUCAUAGACUUCACCUCUGGCUCUGAGCUGCUGGUUGCCAAGGCGAAGAAUGGCCACCUCUCAGUGGUGAGUCGGAAUAACGGAGGGAUAUAAAGCAUCAGUCCUCCCCUACAGGACUAAUACAACUGCCCCUCGACUGAACUCAAGAUGAUAGCAAUGACUGAUCAUCUGACCACGCCAAGGAAGUCCUUCCUGGAAUACGCUCCUAUUCACCAAUCACAACCGCAGACCAGGCUCUGCCUAAGCCAAUCAAAUGCCAGCUCUCGCUACACGAACGGCAUGUGCUUCCUAUUGAGAAAAAGUCCAGCGAAACUAAUUGAUAUUUAUGUUUUAUAUAUUUUUGGGAUUAAUACUUGUUAUUUGAAUAUCAUGAUUUUAUAUAUGAAGCCAAGGAAUAACAAUGUUUUGGUGCAUUUUUUCCUGCACUACUUAUGCCUGUCUUGCUUAAUUUGGGAACAUAACCAAGCAAUCAAUGAGGGUGUAUUGGGUCUCCUUUGCUUUUUCUUUCUGUCAUUCUUUUUUCACAAUAUUUUCUCUGUUCAGCAGUGUAGACUUCACACCCUCUCUGAUACUUCUCUGUUAACUGUUUGGGGAAGAAGCUUUUGUUAAGGUUGAGAUGCAGUACAUGGCUGAUGGUAUGUAGGCUAGGUUUGUUAUAAACUAUCGAGGAGCAGGGAGUUUGGUAGAGAAGUUCAUAAGAAAAGUUAUUUUUUUCAAACUUGUUUCGACUCGGACACAAUACUCUUGAGGUUUUUGAAACCGAAGGAUAUCAACAGAGAAGUCAUGUGGGUGUGUGACCUUUGACCCAGAGCAUACUGUCCAGAAUGUGGUCAGAAUUUGGUCUGUGCCAUAGAUCACUAAAUCGUUCUUUGAUGUAGAUGCCAUGUAGCCCAAAUGAAAGUGUAAACCAAAGCAUUUUGGUGAGCAGAAUGUUGAAAUUAGAUUUUAUAAUAGAUUUAUAAUGGAAACACCAUAGUGAAUAGUCUUUACAAUAUAUAAGAGAUGAAGAAAGUGAGAAAGAAAUUAUGAAAAAGGUGUGAGAAUGAAAAUAGGGGGGAGAAUAGAAAACCGUUUUGUCUUUCCAUUUAUCGCUUGUUUGUUCCCAACAAUGGUGCCUUUCUCCUUUACUAAGUUAUUGUUAAUGGAUUAUUUAUGUCGAUACACCAAUUAAACAAUGACACUUUG